AUGUUCAAACCUACCCAACCUCUGCUUAAGCGGCUACGACGGCUUGCGUUGACUACAAAGCAGGUCAAUGGUGGAUAUUACAAGGGAACCGGCUCCGGAUCAAUGGGUCGUCACACGAAACAUGGAGGAUAUAUCAUCGAAUGGAACAAAGUGCGAACCUAUGUUGUACCCGAAGCGCUCCAGGAUUGUCAGUUAACUCCGUUUGUGAGCAAAAAUAUCAAGUCUGCUCGCGGCCGAUUUGAGAAUGAUCCCCAAGGCGGCCUCAGUGCCAUGCGCUACCUCACUCGCUGGAAAGAGGAAAACGGCCAAGAUUAA